UCGGCUGCGUGUAUGUACUCAUACAAUAUGGCGUUGUUUUGUAAAAAUUAAUAAAUGUUUGGGUCUGCUGCUGAAGCGUCAUGAAAAAUCAAAAAUUAUAAUUAAAGAGCUAAUCAUCAGUUUCAAGCAAAAGUAAGUUAGCGAACAGAGAAAAGGAGCGCAAUCGUUUUAUUGCUGUGAGAGAGGGAAAGAGAGAGAAAAACAGAAAUUUUCACAUUGAGCUGGUCGCUGGGGCCGGCGUAAUUCUUGAAGCGCCAAAAAUCACGAAGCAACAUAAAAUAUGGAAGAGGAAAUAACGGCUGCCGCAACCACAAAUGGAGUGGCCACAAACGGCAAGGAAACCGCAAUAGAGUUGGAGGCGGCGCAGACAACUUCCUCCCCAAAUGUGUGGGAUGCAAACAACGCUGUUGAACAAGAAGAAGAAGAAGCAGCAUCAGCACCAACAGCAGCAGCAGCAGAUGCUGCCGAUAUUGAUGUUUACAUUGAGGAGGGUAACACUGACGCCCAUGUCGAACCGCAGGCGGUGGCAGGAGAGGUGGUGGCAGCGGUGGAGGCGGCGGUAGAGGAGGUAGAGGAGGAAAUGGGCGAAGCUGAAUAUCUCGAAGACGAAACGCCUGAGAAUGAGUUCGAUGACGAAAGAGAACUAAACGAGGUUGAGAACGAAAAAACAGCAAAAACAGCAGCAGCUGUUGACAAGAACAAUGCGCAAAAUGAGCAGACAAAUGAAGAAGAAGCAAAGGAUGAAGAAGCAGCAGCAGGAGUGGCCUCAACAGUGACAGCUGAGAAAGAACUAAGUGUGGAAGAGGAAGCACACACAGAUGAGAAGGAUGCAGCAGAGGAGGGAGAGGCAGAUGGCGACGAGGGUGAAGCAGAUGGCGAAGAGGAAGAAGAUCUGGAGGAUGAGGAGGAGGAGGAGGAGGAAGAUGAGGGAGAACUCAUCACUGGGGACGAUGCACAGGCAGAGCUUGGCACAGCAGGAGAUCAAUCAGAAGAAGCGAAUGCCCGAGCACGAUCUGGUGCCCGCAACCAGGAGGAGCAGGUGGAUGAGAAUCAGUGUCGUGUGUGCACAACCAAGGAGCAGCUAGUUAGCCUCUUCACGAAGACAGGCGAGACAAACAGCACACCGGCUGACAUGCUUGUGCUCAUUUGCCCCAGUGUGUCGAUAGCGCCCAAAGACUUCAUGCCGCAGUUCAUAUGCAACAGCUGCUUGGUUAGUCUCACCGUUGCCAUAAAGUUGCGCAAACAACUGGAAACCACCGAGCAGGAUCUGCGCAAGCGUUUGUCGCGCAGCAAGAACAAAGUGCGCAGACCACGUGGCUAUGUGGUCAUAGAUGCGCCUGUCUCCGAUUCGGCCAGCGACGAGGAUGAGGAGGAGCUCAAUGACGAUGUGGAAUUUAAGGUGUCCGAUGUUGCGGGCUCCACCAGCGCUGACAGCGACUCUGCCGACUCGGACAUUAGCGAGAAACGCAAGCCAGGCCGUCGACGUGGUCGAAAGAAGGGCAUGAAACGUGCGUCCGGCUCGAACAAUAGCUAUGACGAGGAUCAUCCAAGGAAGAAGAAUCGUGUAACAUCACCAUCCAGCGCCACAGCAGCCAGCCAGGGACCCUUCGAGUGUGACCAGUGCAAUUUAAGUUUUCAACGCAAACAAUCCUAUGUGAUGCACCGCAAGAUGCAUGAUUCUCGUCAAGAGUUCCACUGCCAGAUAUGCAACAAGAAGUUCAAAGUGCGUGGCGCCUACAAGACGCACAUGGAACGCCAUGCAGCGGAACGUGCCCAGUUCCGUUGCGAGCUGUGCGCCCAGGUCUUUCGGCUGCGUGCCGAGCUCAAGCGGCACAUGGCCCUUAGCCAUGAUGAGCACGGCAUUAUCUACGAGUGCAAGCGAUGCCAGCGCACGUUUCUCACCCAGACGCGACUGCAGCGCCAUCAGAGCACUAAUUGCAAUCGCCAUUCGGAGCAGAAAGUGAAACGCCAGAGUAUCGAGGGCCAUCCAAGCCAGGGCAGGGAUCUGUUCAAGUCGGUAGCACCACUGACGACGACCUACUGGAGCGACAGCUUCUCCGACUAAAUUUCAUGGAAUUCAGUCAACACCUAGUUUUAAUCAGAUUGCAGUUUAAUUGUGUAGUAAGAAAUGCGGUGCAUCUAAAGUAAAAUUCAAACUAAAAAUGUGUAUUAAUUGUACACCAAUUGACAAAAA